AUGUCCUCCUAUGGCAAACUCGACGAGUAUGAGCAAGCGAGACUCGAGGCAAGUCGAAAGACGAGAAAGAGAAUCGCCAUUAUCGCUAUAUCUUCCAUCGUUCUCGUCUGCAUCGUGGUCGGAGCCGUCGUAGGAACCGCAGCAAACGGUAACGGCAAGAAACCGUCGUCGACGGAAGAUAACGGAGACUCAAUCUCCGUCUCCGUGAAAGCCGUCUGCGACGUUACAUUGUACAAAGAGAAAUGUUUUGAGACCGUUGGAUCGGCUCCAAACGCGAGCAGAUUAAACCCGGAGGAGCUAUUCAUAUACGCCGUCCAAAUCACAAUCGCGGAGCUCUCAAAGGCUCUCAACGGAUUCUCCAACAACGAGCACAUGAAUAACGCCACGUCAGCAGCAAUGGGAGCUUGCGAGGAGCUUAUCGGUCUAGCCGUUGACCAGCUCAACGACACGACGACUUCAAUCAAAGAGAAAAAGACGACGCCCUUGAAGAGCGUGGACGAUCUAAGGACGUGGCUUAGCUCCGUGGAAACGUAUCAAGAAACGUGUAUGGAAGCGUUGAACGAAGCUAACGAACCGAGCUUGACGACUUACGGAGAAAACCACUUGAAAAACUCGACGGAGAUGACGAGCAAUGCGUUAGCGAUCAUAACGUGGCUAGGGAAACUCGCAGACACGGUCAAGCUAAGACGUCGUCGUUUGAUGGCAACUGGUCAUGAUGUCAGCACUUUUGACCUGGCGAUGAUGGAAGGACGGAGGCUUCUAGAGAGAGGUGGUGAUUUGAGGAAGAUAGCGACGAUCGUGGUGGCAAAAGAUGGCUCCGGGAAGUAUACGACGAUAAGUGAGGCUUUAGAGGAAGUGGAGGAGAAGAAUGAGAAGCGGACGAUCAUAUAUGUGAAGAAAGGAGUGUAUUUAGAGAAUGUUAGGGUUGAGAAGAAGAAAUGGAAUGUUGUGAUGGUUGGAGAUGGACAGAGUAAGACUAUUGUCUCUGCUGGGCUCAACUUCAUCGAUGGAACCCCAACGUUCCAAACCGCCACAUUUGCUGUGUUUGGAAAGGGGUUCAUGGCUAGGGACAUGGGUUUCCAAAACAGUGCUGGUCCAGCCAAGCAUCAAGCCGUAGCUCUAAUGGCGAGUGCUGACUUAGCCGUGUUCUACAGAUGCACCAUGGAUGCUUUCCAAGACACGCUCUACGCUCAUGCACAGCGUCAGUUUUACCGUGAGUGUGACAUCUUUGGAACGGUUGAUUUCAUAUUCGGAAACGCUGCGGUUGUGUUCCAAAAUUGCAAGAUCUUGCCUCGUCGUCCCAUGAAAGGCCAGCAAAACACCAUAACCGCUCAGGGAAAGAAAGAUCCGAACCAAAACACCGGAAUUUCUAUUCACAAUUGUUCCAUCUUGCCUUUGGAUGACCUAACCGAUAUCAAAACGUUCCUAGGCCGGCCUUGGAAAGAUUUCUCUACAACGGUGAUCAUGAAGUCGUUCAUGGACGGAUUUAUCGACCCGAAAGGUUGGUUACCUUGGGUGGGAGAUACUGCACCAGACACGAUCUUCUACGCCGAGCACUUAAAUUCCGGGCCAGGAGCCUCGACAGAGAACCGAGUUAAGUGGAGAGGGUUAAAGACUUUUUUAACAAAGAAGGAAGCGAAUAGGUUUACGGUUAAACCUUUCAUUGACGGUCAUAUGUGGUUGCCGGCUACCAAAGUUCCAUUCAAAUCUGAUUUUUGA